AUGGCCCUCUACCGAUCACCCGUAAUCCCAAUUCAUGAUGCGACGGACUUGUCCAUCUCACAGUUUAUGACGAGAUACAAUCCUGAUGAUGUGCCAGAAUCAAAGGUUGUUCACGUUGAAAGUUUCUCCGAUGAAACUAUCACCUAUGGCUCUCUUCGCGAACAGGCCGGACGGGCUGCCUGGGGCUUGCAGACCAAGUCGGGACUACAGUCAGGUGAUACUCUGCUAGCGUUGGUCAACAACUCCAAUGCGUUCGUUCAUCUCGCUCAUGCCACGUGGUGGACGGGUGCUGUCUUCGCGCCUCUUAAUACCUCAGCGACGCGGGAUGAUAUUUUGCAUGUCCUCAAGAUCGUCAAGCCAACGCACAUUGUCACCAUUGAGGAGAAGCUCAGCACUGUGCAGGCAGCUGUAGCUAGUCUAUCAAUGACUAACAUUAAGGUUCUAACCGUUCGCUGUAAAGUGGGGAACCUGCCCCAGUUCCCCGACGAUAUUAUUGGCAAAACCGCUACGGAGACCAUUCCGCCGUAUGACCUUCAAGGUAGAAGCUCGAAGGAUGUGCCCAGCACAAUUUGCUUUUCUUCUGGAACAACUGGAAAGAUGAAGGGUGUCCAGCUCUCUCAUUAUAACCUUGUCAUGAACAGCAUAAUCAUGCGUGCCUCUAUGCCGGUCAGGGUCAACUCAAAUGUCCGCGAGGUUUUCUUUGCGCCUUAUUGUCAUUGCUAUGGGCUAACUCUGGUGGUUCUGUCUGGCAUGUGGGUUGGAGCCCAAUACUGCAGUCUUCCUGCUUUUGACUUGGAGACAUUUUGUCGCAAGUCGAGUGAGCUGAAAGUUACCGAUCUGCACCUUGUGCCGCCGGUAGCACUUCUUCUUGCGACUUCGCCCGUCGCACAGAAAUAUGACUUGACGUCUUUGCAAAGAAUUGUCAUUUCUGCCGCGCCAUUGAAGAAAUCUGUUCAGCUUCUACUCAAGAAGCGUCUUCCACAUGUCAGAGUUUGCCAAGGAUACGGACUCACCGAAUGCUCGGGGGGUGUUAUCCACGAGAUCGAUGAGGAUGAACAAGCCUUCGGAUGCGUUGGCAAGCUCUUCGCAGGGGUGGAGGCUCGUUUAGUCGAUCCGAAGUCCAACAAGGAUGUCCCUGUCGGCGAGGAAGGUGAAUUGUGGCUGCGCGGCCCACUCUGCAUGAUGGGUUAUAUCAAUGACAGCGAGGCAACCGCCAAAACCUUCACCGAGGACGGAUGGGUCAAAUCCGGUGAUAUUUUGAAGGUGGACGAAAACCAGAAUUUCUGGGUCACCGAUCGUCUUAAAGAGAUGAUCAAGUAUAAGGGAUUCCAGGUAGCCCCUUCAGAGCUAGAGGACAUUCUUCUACGCCAUCCAGAUGUUGUUGAUGCUGCAGUCUGUGCAGUUUACGAUGAUGCUCAAGCGACCGAGGUCCCACUUGCCUAUGUCAGUCUCUCGCCGGCAACGGCGGAGCUGUCGGGCUCUGAGAAACAGAAGAUCCUUGAUGCGAUCAAAGCCUGGAUCGACGGCCAGCUUGCAGGAUACAAGAAGCUCAGAGGAGGUGUAUUCCAUUUGCAAAGCUUGCCUAAGACUCCUACUGGCAAGAUUCUGAGAAGACUCUUACCUGCCAGAUUGAAUGAGGGGAGGGAGGCGAAGCUUUAG